UCUUUUUAAAACCAUGAAAACAUUCAAUUAAAAUCCUAUCUUCCCGUGACGGCCAUUUUUGUUCCGGUUGACUGACUUCACCAGGACAGUGUACGGUCGCGUAUAUUAUUGCAUAAAGCUUUUCCAGUUUCUUGUUGUACUCUGCCAGGCGAAAAUGUCGCCUGUGCGUUUGAUCACAUUUGACGUCACGAACACGAUAAUGCGUGUCGCCCGAAGUGUAGGACACAACUAUGCCAACGUAGCACGCAUGUACGGACAAGACGUAGACGCUGUUAAACUAAAUCAAUCUUUCCGAACCGUGUAUAAGACAUACAAUGAUUUGUAUCCAAAUUUUGGCGUUCAUAAUGGAUUGACUCCAUUUGCAUGGUGGAAUAAAGUAGUUGUUGAUUCUUUCAAGGAACGUUGGGAAAGAUUUUGCCUGACGCCGAAAAGACAUUAUCGAACCUUAAAGGAAGACUUUUUAAAGCUCCCGGGAGUAAUUUCAAAAUUUGACGAUAGAUUGGAAAAAAUAUUGACACAGUUAGCGUUGAGGCAUUAUUUUGACUUUGUUUUAAGCAUCGGCGGUUGUUAAAAAAUAGCCAAACCAGACUCUGGUAUAUUUAAAAUGGCAUUCAGUAUGGCGGAUGUGAAACCCGAGGAUACUCUUCAUGUUGGAGAUAAUGUAACUAAUGACUAUUUCGGCGCAGCCAAUGCAGGGUGUGCUGGUGUCCUGUUUGUUCCACCAGAGAAAGACAUUCCCGAAAGAUGUUAACAAGACGUAUGUUUAUACGGA